UGUCACUUAAUGACGUAUUGCAAUAAAGGAACGAUAUAUACUACAGUAAAUGAAGAUAUAAAAAUUCUUUUGUGUUGUUUCAUUGCGAGUUAAUUACAGCUGUAAAAAAACUAAAUGUAUAAUAAAGCAAAAUUAUUAUAUUUAAAAAAAUAUUUUUUACGUAAUUCCACUUGAACGUAAUAGGAGGCAUAACAUUGUUGAUAAAAGGUUGAUAAACUGACAGUAGAAGUUCCCUGUGCACCCCCCACCACGAUGUUACGGCACUGAAAGCCGUCAGUCCGGUUGGAGUGGCCGAGGUGAGAGUGUGUCUGUGUCCAACGAUCUCUUCAACCGACGUACUCCGAUCGUCGUGGGCCAUCAGGAAGACAUGACAUAGGAGAUGGUUGGCAACAAUCUACCCCUGGAGAUCCUCAAGGAUUCCCCCAGGCAAUUCAACGAACCUGUCCAAGUAUCUUUCAAGGAUGUCACUUGUUCUGUCAAAGCCAGCUAUACUUUCUUCUCUAGAGAACGAAAAGAAAUCCUCCAUGGGGUGAGCGGCCACUUCCGAGGAGGAGAGCUGACGGCCAUCAUGGGACCAUCGGGCGCUGGCAAGUCGACUCUCCUCAACAUCCUUGCUGGCUUCAAAAAAAAGGGUUACAUGGGAGAUGUCUGUGUCGAGGGAGGCAGUGACAGGAAGUGUUACAUAAUGCAAGAAGAAAGUCUGCAUCCUCUUCUGACUGUUCGGGAAGCCAUGAAUAUUGCCGCUUCUCUGAAACUUGGAUCAUCGGUCAACACUAAGCAACGAGUACACAGGGUAAACGAAAUCUUGGACUCACUAGGUUUGAGCGCUCACGCUAUGACUCUUUCAGGACAUCUUUCUGGUGGCCAGAAGAAAAGAUUAGGAAUUGCCUUAGAGCUUAUAGAUAAUCCCAAAGUAAUGUUCUUCGAUGAACCGACAAGUGGUUUGGACAGCAGUACGACAAAACAAUGCGUGAAACUGUUGAAAGACCUGUCACGGGAAGGGCGAGCAGUAAUCUGUACACUUCAUCAGCCGAGCGCCACGAUCUUCAAAGUGAUAGACCAAGUCUAUUGCCUGGCGAGCGGCUGGUGUAUAUACAAUGGGGCGCCGAGUGGGCUCAAUACGUUCCUUGGAGAACAUGGUCUAUGUUGUCCUCAGUAUCACAACCCAGCCGAUUUCUUACUUGAAAUCUGCUGCGGAGAAUAUGGUGACCACAUUCCUGCCAUGUCCGAAGCCUGCAACAAUGGCAAAAGUGAGGAUUGGGUGAAAAUAAUCGCCUCUAGUAGUGAAAAUAUUAAUUCUAGUCAGAUGGGUAACGUACAAGUAACAACUCCAGUCCACGCUCCUGAUCUACCGCCCCUGGAAUGCUUUCACAAGCAAACUUAUCCUGCCUCGUUUGUAAAACAAGUUAUGGUCCUGGUCCAGAGGAUAGGAAUUCAAUUGAUACGGGACCACUUUCUUAUGCACUCACGCUUGAUGAUUCACGCAGUAAUCGGUGUCCUCAUUGGAAUAUUCUUCUUUGAUAUAGGAUGUGACGCAGGCAUGGUUUUUAGCAACUAUAAUGUACUUUUUUUUAGCGUUUUAUUUUUGGCAUUUUCAGCCCUACAGUCAAUGGCUAUUGCAUUUCCGCUUGAGAUGCCUAUUAUAAGAAAGGAGCAUUUUAAUUGCUGGUACUCGAUAAAGGCUUAUUAUUUAGCCAACACGAUAGCAGAUCUUCCAAUUCAGGUAUCGUGUGCGGUUAUAUAUUGUACCAUCGUCUAUUGGAUGUCGGGACAACCUCCUGAGUGGACCAGGUUCUUCAUGUUCACCUUCAUGGGAAUUAUCACCUCUCUCCUUGCACAAUCGAUAGGUUAUCUUGUGGGGGCCUCGAUGAAAGUUAUGAAUGGUGUGAUGCUAGGUCCAUUGUCCAUAACACCAUGGGUACUAUUCUCAGGAUUUUUCCUUCAGGCUAGAGAUUCUCCCGACUGGGCUCGUUGGCUGUAUACUAUUUCUUGGUUAAGAAGAUGUAUCGAAGGACUCGUUGCAUCCGUCUACGGUUAUAAAAGACAAAGAUUGCCUUGCAUUUCAGAAGAUUACUGUCAUUUUGUUUCUCCGCUCAAAUUCCUGAAAGAACUCGACAUGGCAGACCAGUCCUUCGGUUUUAAUGUUGCAUUCGUUCUCAUUUUUUAUAUAUUUUUAAAAGUUUGCACAUAUUAUAUUCUUAUUUACCAGCUAAGACUCAAGCGGUAACAAAAAAUAUGAACUAUGAAGAAAAGGUUUAAUUGUGCCUUUUAAGUGAACUGUUGUAUUUCACAAACUUGGUCUCGUUUAAAAUUAAUUGAGGUCAAUGUACAAAAAUAUUUAUUUUUAGUUAUUCAUCGCGCCAUGAUUUUUAUUAAUUAUAUUUUAAAAUUAGGGCUAUUGCUAAUUAAGAAUUUAUAAUGUAUCUGUUUUGGUACAUAUGUUUGACCAGCAUGAUUAAUUUACUAUAUGCUUCACAUAUUUGUAAGAAUAGUAUAUUGUUUGAAUCACUUUAUUUACUUUGAUUUGUUUUCCCUGAGAAUCAACAUGAUGUGACAACCAAAGAACAGAAAAAAUCAUAAAAAAUUGUUUUAUAAGAUUUUUUUAAAUAUGUUUUAUUAAAAUGGAUUUAUCUGUGAUCAUAUGAUUUUAAUGUAAUGAAAAAUAAAAGAAAAUGCAUUUGCAAAGUUUUAAGAAAAACACUAUGUAUUUCUUUAAAAAGAAAUUAAUAUCUUAUAUUUUUAUACAAAAAAAAAAUUGUAGAAAGUGAUUGAAAAAAGUACAAAUGGUUCUUAGGUUGAAAAAUAAGAUUCAUUAUAUAUAAUGUGUUAUUAUAAAUCUUUAACGAUAGAAAAAUAAAGUUUAGUAGUAAUCAAACUAUUAAGUCGCUCAUUCAGUGCUUAUUACAGCGGUAUUAGCUUGAAGUAUUUUGUAUAUAAAGAAUUUAUUUUUACUUGAAACAAGCAUCUGUGAUCAUAUAUAUAAGUAAAAUAUCAAAAGAUUUAUUAAGUAGCAACUGUAGACGGUAAUGUCGAUACCUUGAGUGCCAUGGACUUUCCCAUUUUGCCUAUACGUCACUUGUGUAGCUCGACCAUUAUUGAUUAAAUCUUUGCUCCAAACCCAGGGAUCAGGGCAAUAGUCUAAUAUUAAUUUUAUAAAUGGAGGAAAUAAGUGAAAAAAAAACAUUUAAAAUUUUAUAUAUGUAUAUAUUCAAUUCCGCACUAUUUUCGCUCAUCAAUAUAUUUUUAAGAGCCAUGAAUUUUAUUCAAGUAAGAAAAACAAUAAAAAUAAACCAACACUCUGAGGAAUAUUCCGUCCCUUUUUCAGUUUUAUUUUUUUCAAUAAACCUCUUCAUUUCCUACACCCUUGAAUGCUAAUGGUAAGUUGAUAGCUUGUUUUACCAUAAUUUUGUCAAAUGUACUACCAUGCCAGAAAAAUUAAUAUUUCAUGGUCUAAAUUACAUAAUUAUAAAAAGCUAACUAAUUGAGACUCUUUGUUAAACAAUAAAAAAUAUAAUUUUUAAAUAACGUAUAAAAUAAGUAAUCAGGAACUUCACAAAUAUUUAUACUAUCAGAUGUUUUAUCAAGUCUGUAAAUCCUUUUAGUUUUACACACCAUACUUGGAGCUCUUCCUUUUCUGCAUUAACAAUUUAUCAUUCCUGCAUACCAUUCCCAGAAUGAUAUCAUUCGCUGGUACUGAGCAUGAGUUAGAAGUAACCAGAAAUUUUUUUUUGGCAUACAAUUGGUUGCUCUUGUCAAAUUUUUUGCAUCUGUUUCAACUGGCUUCAAUCUUAUCUCUCAUUCUGAAUAAUUGUUUUCUUAUUUUAGACAUGCAUUAAAAUCAGAAUCAUCAGAUGAAACUCAAUAUUAUCUUAUUUGUUAUUCACAAGAUUUCACACUGAGCCAAAAAUGUUUCAAGUUACAUUUUGAAACGUCUAUAAUUUUUAAAUACAAAAAAAAUUGGUUUUCCCAAUUUAUCACAAAACAGUCAAAUUGACGAACAAUCGAGUGGUAGUUAUUCCUAAAUGGCACUGGACUGGUUAAGAUUCAGUUAUCUGGGAGGCGAGGUAUUAAUAUAUUCAUGUUAAAUAUUAAUAUUGACCACUCGAAGCAAUGAUUUAAUUGGGCUCCCCAACGCUACCAUAAUCUAGCUGUGAAGAAGAAAUUUUAAGUAGUGCUCGUCGUUUCAACUACCAUUAGUACUCCAUUAAUUUUUAUUGCAGCCUCGUAACCUCCUAGUACAUGCAAAUGAUAAAAUUUGAUGUUAAUUCCGUAAAUAUUCCAAUAUAUUGGAAUAGAUAAGGUUCUGUGAAUCCUAGUUUUUUCUUUGUGAGUUAAUAAAGGUUAUCGUUUGUUGAUGACAUACAAUUAGAAUCUAGAGAACCCAAUUUUCAUACAAUGGCUUACUUCCAGAUCCUUUCUUCCAUUGCUAUGUUGUGUUGUACUUUGGUUUAUUAAAUUAUUUUUUUGUUUUUUCUUCAUGUCAUAGCAGCUACUUCGAACCUCUUAUUUUUUUUUUUAUAUCCAUUUUGAAUAAAAACAAGACAGAGUGUUCGGUAAAAUAAAAAUCUCCUUGUACUCACUUGCAAUCAUAUGUUAGCACAUAACCAGUUGAAGAAAUCUCUAUUAAGAAUUUAAUAGUUAUAUUUUCGUGCCAAUUAUAUUAUAUGUAUUUUUUCGUAUUUGCUAUAUAUUAUUUAGUUAAAAUCCAAUUUUAAUAUUGAUUUGAUUUUAAAUGUACAUAUUUAUGGUACAUUGUGUGAUUGAGUAUUCCUAAAAUAUAAUAAAAUUACAAAAAGAAAAAUAAUUUUGUUGAUUUAUGAAAUAAAUAUUGAAUUUUUUUUUUAUUUUCUUAAACUGAUUACAUGAUUCCUCCACUAAUAAAUAAGCAGUUUUUUAUUAGAACACAUCAAAAGGCUAUUGGGUUAUUGUAUUAAGAAUACAAUAAAUAAUUAGAGUUGAAAUGUAACUUAUUUAAAAUAAAUUUUCAAUCCUUAUUUCAUGUGAUAUAAUAUACGUAACAUAACCAGCAUUUAGAUAUUUUUAAAUUUUUGUGUUUUAGUGACUUUUUAUGAAGUUUUAAAGAUAAGUUAAGACACCGGGUUUUCUUUAUAAUCCAUGUUCAUUUAAAUCCAAGCCCAGAAUAAAUUUAAUAUGUCAAAACCUUUACUCAAGUAUAAACAUCACAUUCAUUUGGGGUUUGGCAUAUUAAUAAUGCAAUUGUUGUUGUAAAUUAAGUUACUUGAUUCAUCAAAAGAAUAUAAUUAUACAUAUAAAAUUGACCAAAAGACAAUACAGGUGACAAUAUAAAUUGACCAAUAACGGGAUUAGUAAUAAACAUUUGUUUUGCAUAACAACUUAAUCAAAUAUGUAUAUUCUUAAAACAAUGUAUUUGUCUGUGAAAUCAUAAAAUGAUUUUCUUGCUGAUAGAAACAAAAGUUUAAAACUUAAAAAAAAAGUGAGCAUGCAGAAAUUUAUGAAAAUAUUUUAAAUCAUUAAUUAUAUCAUUAAUGACAUUAAGACAAAUUUCAAUGUAAAGUAUCGUUAUGAAUAUUCUAUAAACAAAAAGAUGUUUAACAUUCUAUUUUUUUCAUGUUAACAGAGUAAAUAGCUUUAAUAUAUGUAUGCCACUUUGUAUUUUGUAUUUCUAUUUCUACCUGUCAUAAAUAAAUAUUCUUUUGUUAUUUUC